CUUCAGUCUCACCCUCCUCCUCACUGUAGUCUUUAUCCCCCCCCCUCCUUUCUUCCCCGGUCUGACAAUCAGGGACAAUGUCCACCCUCCCUCCAAACUGGCCCGACCCCACCCCCCUCAUACAAUGGCUCCUCAUCCAGCCCCUCGCCGGCCUCGUCGUGGCCUUCACCGCGCCGCGCGCCCCCGCGCGCCCGGCCACCGCCCUCCUCCUCCUCGCGCUGGCCUACUCGAUGCAGCGCAGCGCGCAGCUCCACUACGGCGGCACGCGGUUCGGCGCGCCGCUGAUCUCGAUGGGGUGGGUGAACGUGCUGAACGCGGUGGACCUGCUCGUGCUGAGCCGGGUGUCGUUCGAGGCGCAGAAGCUGUGGGAAUUCGCCAAGUACGCGCGGUCGGUGGACGGGUCGGUGGCGAAGCAGCAGCAGCAGCAGCAGCAGCAGCAGCAGCAGCAGCAGCAGCAGCAGCAGCAGCAGCAGCAGCAGCAGCAACCACCCAACCCCCUACGCACACAAAACGACUCAACCUCCCAAGAAUGGGUCUCCCGACUGCGCUGGGCCUUCAGCAUCGCCUUCAACUACCGGCGCAUCGGCACGCCCUGGGAGAUCCGGCAUCUGCCGCGGUUUGACGCCGCGGUGCCGGGGUAUGUGCCGUCCCGGGCACGGUUCUUGGUCGGCGCCGUGGGGAAGGUUGUCGUUGCGGCGGUGGUGAUCCAGGGGUGUACGAUGGAGACCGCGGAUGUGAAUCUGGGUCAGGCGGUGGCGCUGCUGCCUGAGGCGAGGGAGGCGCUGUUGCCGUUCGCGUUCGCGUUUGCUGAUGCUGAUACUCAGGCGGGCUGGGACUGGGAUGGGGUGUGGCGGAGGAUGCUAGUGCGGGCGCUGUUCUGUCUCUCGUUUGGGAUCGUGGGUCGCGCCACGAUCGUCGCUUCGUAUAAUGUGUGCGCCAUCGUGGCGGUCGGGUUGGGGCUGUAUGAGCCGGUGAUGUGGCCGCCUGUUGCUGGGUCGUUGUGGGAGGGUUGGUCGGUUAGGCGGUUUUGGGGGAUAACGUGGCAUCAGACCUUCCGCCAACUGCUGACCUCCAACGCGGACUUUCUGCUCUCUCUGCUGCGGAUAUCGCCGAGCGGACGACUGGGGUGGACCCUCCGGGCUCUGCUUGCGUUCACGGUGUCAGGGGUCAUUCAUCUCUUCAUGGAUGUGGGGUUCGGGGUGCCGAUGGUCAAGAGCGGCGCCUUGUGGUUCUUCUGUCUGCAGAUCGUCGGGGUCGUCAUUGAGAGCAUUGUGCGAGAUCUCACCCGGCCACUGCGGGCGAGACUGAACCCCGGUGUCAAGAGGAUGAUCGGGUAUGUCUGGGUGGCGCUGUUCAUGCUGUGGACGGUCCCAAUCUGGAUCAACCCCAUCUUGAUCCAGUUGUACAGUGAUGGAGUCCGGAUGAUGUCGCCCUUUUUGUGCUUCGGAAGUUGGACGAUCUAGAACCUAGAUUUAGAGCAUAGAGAUACACCCUAGACAAGAGGCAGUGCCGAUGUUGGACAAUCUACAAUCCCCCAUCCCAGUCCACCCAAUUA